AUGGCCUCCAACACCGUCAAGGAAGCCCCCGUCCAAACUCCCGUCCAGGCCCCCGCCGACUUCUUACACAAUCCCUACACCCGUGCUGCUCUUCCUUUUGUCAAUGGCGGUCUCGCAGGUAUGACCGCCACCGCGGUCAUCCAGCCCAUCGACAUGAUCAAGGUGCGCCUGCAAUUGGCUGGUGAGGGUGUCCGUACCGGCCCCAAGCCCUCCGCCAUUGGCGUCGCUCGCAAUAUCAUUGCCUCCGGAAAGGUUCUCGAUCUCUACACUGGUCUGUCAGCUGGUCUUUUGCGCCAGGCGGUCUACACUACUUCUCGUUUGGGUUUCUUUGAGACCUUUAGCAAGACACUUAACAAGAAUGCCGAAGCUUCGGGUAGAGGUGUCACUUUUGCUGAACGUGCCGGGGCGGGUCUCGCCGCCGGUGGUAUCGCUGCUGUGAUCGGUAACCCGGCCGAUUUGGCUCUCAUCCGUAUGCAGGCCGAUGGUCUCAAGAAGCCCGAGGCACGCGCCAACUACACUUCCGUUAUUGAUGCGUUGGGACGUAUUUCCAAGACAGAGGGAAUCGGUGCCCUGUGGGCUGGUGCUUUCCCCACUGUUGUGCGUGCCAUGGCCCUCAACGUCGGGCAGUUGGCUUUCUUUGCCGAAUCCAAGGCUCAGCUCAAGGCCCGGACGAGCUUGUCGACCCAGAACCAGACCUUUGCUGCCUCUGCCAUUGCCGGUUUCUUUGCUAGUUUCCUGUCUCUGCCUUUUGACUUUGUCAAGACGCGUUUGCAGAAGCAACAGAAAGACCCCAAGACCGGCCAGCUUCCGUACAAGGGAUUGUUUGACUGCGCUCGCAAGGUCGCGCGCGAGGAAGGAUGGUUGAGAUUUUACCGCGGAUUCGGCACUUACUAUGUGCGGAUCGCUCCUCAUGCAAUGGUGACGCUUAUCGUGGCCGACUACCUCAACAUCCUCACCAAAUAA